AAUUGGGAGAUGAGUAUAUUUUGGCGUUUGAGUUUCCAAUAUGCACUGAGUUGAAUCUUUGAUAUAACCCUAAAUGGCAAUUGGCGCGGAAUCUAAUCAAUGUUAAAACCCUAGUUGUUGUUUUUGCGCCAUUCAAGCCUUUCUUCUCAAUCUAUUGAAGCUGCGUAAAAUCAAAACUCUGAAAGCUUACAUACUUGGAGUGCGUACUAGCAAUGGCGGAUCCUAGUUUACCUGCUACAAAUAACAUUGACUAUAUCGACGAAGACGAAGCAGAAGUAAAUGAAGCCGAUGUACACAUUUUCAUAGACGAAGAAAGCGAAAACGAUGACGAAGAUCAAUCACUAGGCAUGGAAGAUCUAUUAGUAAGCGAGGAUGACGAAUAUCAAUCACUAAGCGAGGAUGGCGAAGAAGAAGAAGAAGAAGAAGAAGAGCAAGAAGAGGAUCCCGUGGGUGGUAGCGGUGGAGAUACUGUUAUUUUUAUGAAAGAAAAACAGACAUGUGAGAGGGGUGGGAAUGGAGGAGAGGCGUCCUCAUCACAGGCUGGGACUACAGGCGGGGGACCGUGUAGAAGGGAAUUGGACGCUUGCCCUAUUUGUAUGGAUGCAUUUCACAGUGUUGGCGACCAUCAAAUCUGUUGUCUUCCUUGUGGGCAUUUAUAUGGUUUGUCCUGCAUCACGAGAUGGAUAAAGAAACAUAAACAUAAGUGUCCUCAAUGCAACAAAAGAUGCACGUUGAAAGAUGUGAGGAAAAUUUAUGGACAAGCAGUUGUGGUUGAUCAGGAAUUAGUACAAAAAUCUCAGUUUCUUGAAGCUAAAUGCACUUACCUUGAGAAGAAGGAUCGUGACUGGAAAGGGAAAGAGAUUGAGUGGAAGAAAAGAGAGGCUGACCUUAAAUCGCAAUUGCUCUAUCUUAAAGGGCGAACGAGAAGUUUGGAACUCAUGUCAAGAGACACAAAAAUCGUGCAAUCUACUGCAGCGCAUUACCUCGAUCAAGAAUCAAGUGUUCACAUGCCUCCAUCCUGUUAUUUUCUUCAGCAAGAGAUGCAGAUAACUGGUGGAAGGUAUCUUGAUUUAGAUGCUUCCAAUGAAAUUAUAGUAAUUGCCCGGAGGCUGUCUGGAAUGGCCGGAAGACAUGUUCUUACCAAAGUAAGCAUGGUUGAUCCAAAUGCAAAAGAAGAUAUUGAGCUCCUUGCUAACACAAAAGCCAUUAAGGACCUUCAUCUUUCACCUGAUGGAAAGCUAGUAUUGCUUGCAUCCUUGGGGAAAAAACUUUCGGUUAUCAGCACGGACAGCAACAAUAUAGUUCUUAAUUAUGAUUUACCGGCUGCUGCUUGGUCAUGUUCUUGGGAUGUUUGUGCCUCACAAUACAUAUAUGCAGGAUUGCAGAAUGGCGCGAUGUUGAUGUUUGAUGUGCGGCAAACAUCAAGUUUUGUGGAAUCAUUGAAUGGUCUAACUUGUAACCCUAUACACACCUUGCGGUCUCUUUUACCAGAUCGAUCUGUUGCUUCAGGUGUUAGAAGUCUCCUUUCAGCCUCUUCAACGGGCAUAUGUGAAUGGAACUUUGAUAGCAGUGAAAAAUGUCCAUUUUUGGUUCCGGAGUCCCAGAAUCAGGGAGUUUGCAUAUCUGUUGCUGGCUUUCCCAGCAGUAAUGAUGUGGUUGCUUCUUUCCGACCCAAGAUCGAGGCGUCCAGUGAGAUAGCUAUUUCACAGCCUUUGCUUACACCUUCAUCAACUGUUAUGAGCCAAGUACAAGGCUCUCAUGUUCUUUUCAGGAAAGUUGGAACCAGAUCUUAUCAGAAACUAGGAUCUAGAUUGGCAAAUGUAAAUAGUGUUAGACUUCCCAGGUCUGCAAUUGUACAGGGACAGAAUAACCACAUGCUAUUUGUUUCUGAAGAUGAAGCCUCUCACGGAUUAGCUUUACAAGAGUUGCCAUUCUUUGAGGUUGUUCAGUGCCUUGCUUCUUCUGAAUACCAACCGGUUCAUGAUCUGAAAUAUGCACGAUACCAGAAUUGUGGUUUGCUUGGUUGUCUGAGUGAUGAUAAAUUGCAACUUUACUCCACGAGACAGUUGUGAUAGCACACUCAUCAACUUAAAGCCAUUUUGUAUAUGAGCUAACAAUAUUCAACUAUGGAUUUCCUGCUAUUCUGCAUAGCAGGUUUGUACUUUCAAGUUAGUAGACUAUACAUUUUUGCUUUUAGCAUAGAAUAAGAGGGAUUCCAUUAUUUUAAUCUUUUUUUGUAUUUAAAUUUUUCUGGCUUACAUGAUUAUAUAGAUACAUCUAGUUUAUUUUUCUUGACAGAUAAUUUAUUGUUUAGGUGAGUGAGUAUCUUCCCUGAAACAGUAGUAAAUUGUUUGUAAUCUAUGUAUGUAUUUCUCAUC